AUGGUUUCCUCUCAGCUUCGUUGUCGUCACUGCGAAAUGGUUUCUCUCAGCUUCGUCGUCACUGCGAUAGUUUCCUCUCAGCUUCGUUGUCGUAACUGUUUCGGUGAAGUGAGAAUCCGUUCCAUUUUGUUCUACACUCUUUAUUUUUUACUGAGCAAUGACAAAAUUUUAAGCAUGCAAGCUCAACAAAACCUACUCCACCUCGCCAUUAUUUAUAGACAUUUGCGGGACAAAGUUAAAAGGAACGGGUAUGCUAAUUUACCACAUGCUUGGGAGAAAAAGAUGUCUGAGUUGAGGCCACUUGCUACAAAGGCUUGGGAAUGGCUAGUGGGUGUCCCCACAAAACUAUGGUGUAAGCAUGCUUUUAGUUAUUAUCCAAAAUGUGAUGUAUUGAUGAAUAACCUAAGUGAGUCUUUCAAUAGUACCAUAUUGCAGGCUAGAGAUAAACCUCUCAUCACUAUGUGUGAAUGGAUUAGGAAUUAUCUCAUGAAUAGGGUAGCUGUUAGUUUAACCAAGUUAGAUAGAUUGAAACAUAAGAUCAUGUCUAUGCCUAGGAAAAGAUUGGACAAGGAAGUUGUUAACCACACAUUUGAUGGUCAUCAAUUCAUUGUUGAUCUUAGCAACAAAAAAACAUGUACUUGUUGUUUUUGGGAACUUGUAGGGAUUCCAUGUGGGCAUGUCAUAGCUGCUAUGAGUUAUCUGAAAUUAGAUCCAGAAACAUUUGUGGAUGACUGUUACAGUUGA